GCGUUGCUGGGGCGCGGGUGUCGGGAGAAGGCGACUGUAGGGACUGCGUGUCUCCGCCGAGCACUUGGAUUUGGCUCCUUCGUUUCCAACAUGGAAGAAACUUACAUCGAUUCCCUGGACCCUGAAAAGCUCAUACAAUGCCCCUAUGAUAAAAAUCACCAGAUCAGGGCCUGCAGGUUUCCGUAUCAUCUUAUCAAGUGCAGAAAGAAUCAUCCUGAUGUCGCAAACAAACUGGCUACUUGUCCCUUCAAUGCUCGCCAUCAGGUUCCUCGGGCUGAAAUCAGUCAUCAUAUUUCAAGCUGUGAUGAUAAAAGCUGUAUUGAGCAAGAUGUAGUCAACCAAACCAGGAACCUUGGACAAGAGACCCUGGCUGAGAGCACAUGGCAGUGCCCUCCUUGCGAUGAAGACUGGGAUAAAGAUUUGUGGGAACAAACCAGCACCACAUUUGUCUGGGGUACCGCCAACUACUGUGGCAACAACAGCCCUGCAAGCAACAUAGUUAUGGAACAUAAGAGUAACCUGGCUUCAGGCAUGCGUGUUCCCAAGUCUCUGCCGUAUGUUCUGCCGUGGAAAAACAAUGGAAAUGCACAGUAACUGAAUAUCUAUCUCAUCAA